AUACCCCACGUGUGCGGCUUCCACAUAUGUGGAAUCUAUCAUAAUCAUUUGUAGUAAUUACCUAUAUUUAUUUAUAUUUCGGGUCAAAAUACUACCGAGUAAGAUUAACACAUAUUUUCUUUUGUACUUUGAUUUCGGCUGAUGAAGGCAAUAAUAAGAUAAAGAAUACCGGUUCAAAGUGAAAUACAAUAGAAAGAGAAGAGGAGAAGAGAAGAAAAGACAAUUGGGUUUUGUAGUCGUGUCUGGUUGUGCUGCGAAUAGAAAUUUCUUUUCAAAUAAAUUUUGUUUUCUUAAUUUUUAAUAAAUAUAAUAUUUAAAAAAUGGGUCUAAUCUACAACAUAGGCGUGAGGCUUAUGAAUUUUAUGGUAUUUUUCCUGCUUAUCGUACUUCUGCCUGGUCUUCCACCUCGUACCACUUUUCCAUUUAAAGAAUUUACUGUUGCACCUACAAAAGAACUAAAAGGUGCACUUGAGCCUAAUCAACAUUUGGAUGGUGCACAACGUUUAUUGGAUGGGCGUGUCUAUGGUCCUGAAUGUUUAAUUGCACGUAACAAUGAGAUUUACACUGGUAUACAUGGUGGCGAAGUUAUUAAACUAACUAAUGAGCAUGUUACACAUGUUGUCAAGCUUGGACAACCUUGCGAAGAAAUUUUUGAAGAAUCACGUUGUGGUCGGCCUUUGGGUUUGGCAUUUGACACACAAGGCAAUAAUUUGAUUAUUUCGGAUGCAUAUUAUGGCAUUUGGUCAGUGGAUCUUAAUACAAAUAAGAGAAAACUUUUAGUUUCACCACAACAAGAACUGCCCGGUAAAGACAUCAAUCGCAAGGCAAAAACGUUUAAUAGUGUAGCUGUUGCUAAAAAUGGUGAUAUUUAUUGGACCGAUUCCUCAUCAGAUUUUAAAUUAGAGGAUUUGGUAUUUACUUCCUUUGCAAAUCCGUCUGGACGUCUCUUCAAAUAUAAUCGUGGUACAAAUGAAAGCGAAGUUUUGCUUGAUGAACUUUUCUUUGCCAAUGGCAUUGCAUUAAGUCCAGAGGAAGAUUUUAUAGUUGUUGUCGAAACAGGAGGAUUGCGUUUGACAAAAUACCAUUUAAAGGGUGCUAAAAAAGGUCAACAUGAAGUGUUCGUUGAAGGCUUACCCGGCCAUCCAGAUAAUAUAACACCUGAUGCUGAAGGCUUGUGGGUGCCAUUAGUAGUUGCAGCUGAUAGUGAACAUCCCUCGGGAUAUGUUCUAUUUUCUCAAUUCCCAACCAUACGUCUCUUCCUAGCACGCAUGCUACAACUUUUUGAAUUACCUUUCCGUACAUUGAACGAAUAUUUUCCAAAUAAAUUGUUACAACGUUUUGUACAUUUCAUUGGUCAUGGAGAAAGCGUACAAUUAUUGUCACCGAAACGUUCAACAAUUUUGCGUGUCGAUUGGAAUGGCAACAUUAUAGGCUCUUUACAUGGUAAUGAUGGAUCUGUUGGCGCUGUUUCACAUGUAUUAGAAUUUAAUAAUCAAUUAUAUUUGGGUUCACCUUUUAAUCGUUACUUGGCUCGUGUUAAGUCACCAAAACCAGCUAAACAACCUACUGUAAAAGUCAAAAAUGUGAGAUACGAAGGUGCGACACUUGAGGCAUCUGUAAAACCGCCAAGCACUGCUUCUACAACAACCACAACAACAACGACCCGCAAACCUUCGACCACAACAACAACUACAACUACGACAACAACACCAAAACCAACUACCACCACCACAACAACAACACCAAAACCAACUACCACAACAACAACAACUGCUAGGCCAACAACUACUACCACUACAACAACGACUACACCAAAACCUUCAACGACUACAACUACAACAACAACACCAAAACCAACAACUACAACUACUACUACAACAACAACACCAAAGCCUACAACGACCACACCAAAGCCUGCUACACCCAAACCAACCACAGCAGCUCCGCCCAAAGUGCAACCAACAACAACAACGACACCUAAACCCGAAACAACAACGGAACGAGUUCCUCCUAAGGAACCAGCGCCUGUUAAGGAAGAUGUAGCUUCCGACACCAAACCGCCAAAACAGGAAAAAUUGAAGAUUAUCAAUAAGCAAGGGAAACAUGUAGAGUUAUAAACGAAGACAUGAUCGAAGGAAGAAGGUUUAAUUUAAUUUUAAGAGUGACUGAAAAGCUCUACUAAAUUGUUUAGUAGUAAAAAAAAUAAUUCCGCAAUAAUAAUUCCAUUUUCUUUUCAUUUAAAAUUUGAAGCACAAAUGA